GCUGGACCUUCAGAGAAACUGAGAGUAGGGUUGCCAGUAAGCUCAUUCAAUAUUAUCAGUUUACCUUUCAACAAAGUCAAACAGGGGCCAGGAGUUCUUGGUCAAGCCAGCAGACAUGCGACUCUUACAGGCUCUACUUGUGUUGAGUCCAUUUCUAUCCAUCGUAAAGUCAGAGAAUGAAGGCUGUCCCAGACCAGUCCUCACGCCUCACGUGGAGGCCCUGGGGCUGCAGCUGCUAUCUCCUCCGGGGACGGAGGCCCACCUGACCUGUGCCCCGGGCUACACCACCCAGAGCGGCGUGGGGGUCAUCAUCUGCAGCGUCCGGGGGACAUGGGGCAGGACGGAGUUUGUGUGUCAGCCAAAGAUGUGCCCUGCCAUAGAUACCCCACCAAAUGCAGAGAUGCACUUUGAGGACAAUUUAUACCAGAGUAGAGUCAACUUCACCUGCAAUGAGGGGUACAAUUUGCAUGGAGCCAGCAGUGUUGUGUGCCAAGAAAAUGCAGAAUGGAGCGCAUCAAGUCCAGAGUGCAAAGUUGUGACUUGUGGUCCACCUCCUAUCCCGGAUAACGCCAGAAUUGUGUACGACAUUUGGAGGGCCCCUGGGGGAAAAGCCAAAUUUGGUGUGAGAGGGACUUACAAAUGUGUGCCUCCUAUGGCCCUCAUAGGAAACCCAAGAGCAGAAUGUACCUCCUCUGGAACCUGGACAGUAGCACCCAUGUGUCAAAUGGUAACCUGCCCCAGUCCAGAACCCAUCGAUCAUGGUCACAUGUCCUCCCCCACCAUGAGCAACUACAAGGACACCAUCAAAUAUGGCUGCACGGGAGACUACAUCCUUUCUGGUAACCCAUUUGUCCAAUGCCUUGAGACAGGACAGUGGUCCCCCAAGCCUGCUUGUGGCGCCCCCUGCUCUGUGGACAUAGAUAGAGGGAGGAUAUUGUAUAACGGAAGAAGACUCUGGAUUAAGGAGCUGAAUCCUAACAAAGUGUUUCACAAUGAAAACGUUUCUUUCUACUGCAUGAAUGCUGCUGGGAGAUGUGGUUAUGCUGUGUCAAGCCAGUGCAUCAAUGGAACCCUCAGCAUCCCAGACUGCUUUGAAGUCCCAACCAGAUUUAAAUACAUAACUGGUAAUGGCCUGCCGUCGGAGAUCACACAAUGUUGAAAGCAUCAGAGCCAGCGUCUUUAGGCAUCCAAAUUGUUGUUACCAUUGUUACGUAUUUUAAGCACAUAAGCUGCCCCCACAUAGCCACUAUGAAGCAGGACGAACAAACCAGCAGCAUUACCCCCACAUAGCCACUAGGAAGCAGGAUCGAACACACAAGCUGCAUUACCCCCACAUAGCCACUAGGAAGCAGGAUCGAACACACAAGCUGCAUUACCCUCACA